CUUGGACCGAAACUGGACGCUGUGACAUGUACUUUUUGAUCAGCAGAGUUCAUCGAGAGGCUGUGAGACGUCGGUUCAUCAGCAGGGGGGCACCGAUGAACCGUAGAUUGAAGUGGAGAGUGGGGUAUGAGAUCGGUAAUCCCCGAGGCGAUGAGGAGGGGCGACUAAAUAGUUUUGGGAGCUUAGUCUACGGUACAGCAACUGAGACGCGUGCGACUGGUAUUGCCUUGUAUGACGUGACGGAAGCGAGGUCUUGCACAAUUGUCUUCGGGGACUGGACUUCCUCUUCUGUAUUUCCCUUUCUCUCACUCAGGUACCCAGCUUUUUUAUACAAAAUACUUCGCCAGGUUGAUCAAAGGAGAAGAUUCAAUACAUUCUCAUCAUGGCUGAGGAAAUCUCCAAGAACUUCGAGACGCUGCAAUUGCAUGCCGGCCACACUCCAGAUUCCGAGACAAAUUCUCGCGCCGUACCAAUCUAUGCGACUACCUCAUUCGUCUUCAAUGACUCGGCACACGGCGCGAGGCUAUUCGGCCUCAAGGAGAUGGGAAACAUCUAUUCCAGAAUAGGAAACCCCACAGUUGCCGUCUUCGAGAAGCGUAUUGCAGCCCUCGAAGGCGGUGUUGCUGCUCUUGCGACAUCCUCUGGUCAAGCAGCCCAGUUCGUCGCCAUCGCCACGCUUGCGCAGGCUGGUGACAAUAUCAUCUCGACCUCGAACUUGUAUGGAGGCACAUACAACCAGCUCAAGGUCAUGUUCCCGCGUUUUGGUAUCCAGACAAAGUUCGUCAAUGGGGAUAAGCCUGAGGAUUUUAAAGCGGCCAUUGAUGAUAAGACGAAGGCUAUCUAUUUGGAAAGCAUAGGAAACCCCAAGUACAACGUCCCCGACUUCGAGAAGAUUGCGGCAAUCGCACAUGAAGCUGGUGUUCCGGUCAUCGUCGACAACACUUUCGGUGCUGGAGGAUACUUCGUUCAGCCCAUUGCCCACGGUGCAGACAUCGUCGUACAUUCUGCCACGAAAUGGAUCGGAGGCCACGGCACAACAAUCGGCGGAGUCAUUGUCGAUUCCGGAAAGUUCGACUGGGGCAAGCACGCAAAGCGUUUCCCCCAAUUCAACGAGCCAUCGGAGGGAUACCACGGCCUGAAGUUCUGGGACACAUUCGGCGCCAUCACCUACAUCAUCCGCGCACGAGUCGAAAUCCUACGCGACCUAGGCGCGGCCCUGAACCCCUUCGCAGCGCAGCAACUCCUCCUCGGCAUCGAAACCCUGAGCCUGAGAGCCGAGCGCCACGCUCAAAACGCGCUGAAACUGGCACAGUGGCUGGACGGCAACGAGAACGUGAGCUGGGUCUCGUAUCUGGGCCUCGAGAACCACCCGUCACACGAACUUGCGAAGAAGUACCUGCCGCGGGGGUUUGGGGGCGUGCUCUCGUUCGGCGUCAAGGGAGGCGGCGCUGCGGGGAGCCAGGUCGUUGAUAACUUCAAGCUUAUUUCUAAUUUGGCGAAUGUUGGGGAUUCGAAAACUCUUGCUAUCCAUCCCUGGAAUACGACUCACGAGCAGCUGAGCGAUGAGGAGAAGGCUAGUUCGGGCGUGACUGAGGAUCUCAUUCGUAUCUCUGUCGGCACGGAGCACAUCGACGACAUCAUCGCCGACUUCGAGCAGUCAUUCAAGCAGAGCGCGACUAAGCCAGAGGAGAAGGGCAAGCCUGCCAACGCCGAGAAGACGGGCGGAGAUGAAGGCGAGUCUGCAGGCUCUCUGUCUGGAGCUGUGUAAGAGAGUACUUCAGAUGCGCCGCGCAAACAAUGUCAGAGGAGAGGAAUCCCUGGAAGACAGAGUUUCAAAACAGUUUAGAUACCAUGCACCUUGCUUCUUACAAAACAUGAAGAUACUCGGAGUCGGCGCGUUCUUUACCACCGACACGCGUCGGGG